UUAAGUGUCCCAAACAUGGCACAGUUUGUGACUCAUAUACAGCCAACGCUGAUGGAGGCGUCGCAAGGUCAUGUGCCGCACCAUCAUGGUCAUCAGGUAGGCAUGCAGCAUACGUCGCAUUUGCCACAUAGUGGCCACAACAUGCCAUCGCCACCAACGGCACACAAUCAUCAUCAUCACCAUCAUUCGCAACAACAACAACAACAGCAGCACCACCAACAACAACAUCCUCAUGGCUCAGCAGCAGCUCAUCAUAGCUCACAGCAGCAGCAUCAGCAGCAGCAGCAACAGCAUCAUUCGCAGCAGCAGCAUCCGCAGCAGUCGCAUCCGCAUCACAGCAACAAAAAGUCUCAUGGCAAAUCCAGCAAAGUCCAAAGUCCCAUAGCGCAGUUGGCAUCUCCGCCAGCGGAGCACGUUGGACACUACGAUUACUUUCAGCAUCAGCAUGAGCUGGCAUUUCAACAUGGCGGCGGCGUCGGUUCCAACAACAAGCAUCCUGACAAGCAUGAGCACUGCCCUACAGGACAUCAGAGUGCGGGCGAUGGCAACACAUCCUUCCUACGUGCCGCACGCGCUGGCAAUCUCGAGCGUGUGCUGGAGCAUCUAAAAAACAAUAUAGACAUUAAUACCAGCAAUGCUAAUGGUUUAAAUGCUUUGCAUUUGGCCUCCAAGGAUGGACACAUACACGUUGUUUCCGAGCUGCUGCGUCGCGGCGCCAUUGUGGACAGCGCCACAAAGAAAGGCAAUACGGCGCUGCAUAUUGCCUCGCUGGCUGGACAAGAGGAGGUGGUAAAGCUGCUACUGGAGCACAAUGCCUCAGUCAAUGUGCAAUCGCAGAAUGGCUUCACUCCGCUUUAUAUGGCUGCGCAGGAGAAUCACGAUGCUGUGGUGCGUCUCUUGCUGUCCAACGGUGCCAAUCAGAGCUUGGCUACUGAGGACGGCUUCACUCCUUUGGCUGUGGCCAUGCAGCAGGGACACGAUAAGGUAGUCGCUGUGCUGCUUGAGAGCGAUACGCGUGGCAAGGUGCGUCUGCCAGCGCUGCAUAUAGCUGCCAAGAAAGAUGAUGUCAAGGCAGCUACGCUUUUACUCGAUAAUGAUCACAAUCCCGAUGUUACCUCCAAGUCCGGAUUUACACCACUGCACAUUGCUUCGCAUUAUGGCAAUCAGAAUAUUGCUAAUUUGCUUAUCCAGAAAGGCGCCGAUGUCAACUACUCGGCCAAGCACAACAUCAGCCCGUUGCACGUGGCCGCCAAGUGGGGCAAGACCAACAUGGUUUCGCUGCUGCUUGAGAAGGGCGGCAACAUUGAGGCCAAGACUCGCGAUGGACUCACACCGCUGCACUGCGCCGCACGCUCAGGCCACGAGCAGGUGGUGGACAUGCUGCUAGAGCGCGGUGCUCCUAUUAGCGCCAAGACUAAGAACGGUCUAGCUCCUUUGCAUAUGGCCGCCCAGGGUGAACAUGUGGAUGCUGCUCGCAUUUUGCUCUAUCAUCGUGCUCCCGUGGAUGAGGUCACUGUGGAUUAUUUGACGGCGCUGCAUGUGGCUGCUCAUUGUGGACACGUGCGCGUGGCCAAGCUGCUGCUAGAUCGCAAUGCGGAUGCCAAUGCACGCGCUCUUAAUGGUUUCACGCCUUUGCACAUCGCUUGCAAGAAGAAUCGCCUCAAGGUGGUGGAGCUGCUGCUUAGACAUGGCGCCAGCAUUAGCGCCACCACAGAAAGUGGCUUGACUCCGCUUCAUGUGGCCGCCUUUAUGGGUUGCAUGAACAUUGUCAUCUAUUUGCUACAACACGAUGCCAGUCCAGAUGUCCCCACUGUCCGGGGUGAGACUCCACUACAUUUGGCGGCACGCGCCAAUCAGACGGACAUUAUUCGCAUAUUACUACGCAAUGGCGCCCAGGUGGAUGCACGUGCUCGCGAGCAGCAGACGCCGCUGCAUAUUGCCUCGCGCUUGGGCAAUGUGGAUAUUGUCAUGUUGCUGCUGCAGCAUGGCGCCCAAGUGGAUGCCACCACCAAGGAUAUGUACACGGCGCUGCAUAUUGCCGCCAAGGAGGGGCAGGAUGAGGUGGCUGCUGUGCUGACUGAGAAUGGCGCUGCCUUGGAUGCGGCUACCAAGAAGGGCUUUACGCCAUUGCACUUGACCGCCAAGUACGGUCACAUCAAGGUGGCCCAGCUGCUGCUGCAGAAGGAGGCGGAUGUGGAUGCUCAAGGCAAAAAUGGCGUCACUCCGCUGCAUGUUGCUUGCCACUACAACAAUCAACAAGUGGCGUUGCUGCUGCUCGAGAAGGGCGCCAGUCCUCAUGCCACGGCUAAGAACGGACAUACGCCAUUGCAUAUUGCAGCACGCAAGAAUCAGAUGGACAUUGCAACUACGCUGCUGGAAUAUGGCGCACAGGCAAAUGCCGAGAGCAAGGCCGGCUUUACUCCAUUGCAUUUGAGCAGCCAGGAGGGUCAUGCUGAGAUCUCCAAUCUGCUGAUUGAGCACAAGGCGGCUGUUAAUCAUCCAGCCAAGAAUGGUUUGACUCCCAUGCAUCUGUGUGCGCAGGAGGACAAUGUGAAUGUCGCCGAGAUCUUGCAGCGCAAUGGCGCCAACAUUGACAUGGCCACCAAGGCGGGCUACACUCCCUUGCACGUGGCCUCGCACUUUGGUCAGGCUAACAUGGUGCGCUUCUUGCUGCAGAAUGGCGCCAAUGUGGAUGCUGCCACUUCCAUUGGCUACACGCCACUGCAUCAAACCGCCCAGCAGGGCCAUUGCCAUAUUGUCAACUUGUUGCUGGAGCAUAAGGCUAAUGCCAAUGCACAGACUGUCAAUGGACAGACUCCACUGCAUAUUGCUCGCAAGCUGGGCUACAUAAGCGUGCUGGAUUCGCUGAAGUCCAUUACUAAGGAGGAGGAAACUGCUGCAGCGCCAGCACAGGCGGAGGAAAAGUAUCGCGUGGUGGCGCCCGAGGCCAUGCACGAGUCCUUUAUGUCCGACUCUGAGGAGGAAGGCGGCGAAGAUAAUAUGCUAUCCGAUCAGCCUUACCGCUAUUUGACCGUUGAUGAAAUGAAAUCUCUAGGCGACGACUCGCUGCCCAUUGAUGUGACACGUGAUGAGCGCAUUGACUCCAAUCGCAUGACCCAGAGCGCCGAAUAUGCCAGCGGUGUGCCGCCGACCAUAGGCGAGGAGAUGAUAAGUCCACACAAGGCGCAGGUAUAUGGCUCCUCGCCCAAGGCUACAGUCGAUGGUGUCUACAUAGCCAACGGGCAUGAAGAGCCACCACAUGUGGGUCGCAAGCUGAGCUGGAAGAGCUUCUUGGUCUCGUUUCUGGUCGAUGCGCGUGGCGGCGCUAUGCGAGGCUGUCGCCAUAGCGGCGUGCGUAUGAUUAUUCCAUCACGUUCCACUUGCCAGCCGACGCGGGUGACCUGUCGGUAUGUAAAGCCGCAGCGCACAAUGCAUCCACCUCAGUUGAUGGAGGGUGAGGCGCUGGCCAGUCGCGUGCUCGAGCUGGGACCCUGCUCGACCAAGUUCAUUGGUCCGGUGGUCAUGGAGGUGCCACAUUUUGCCUCGCUGCGUGGCAAGGAGCGUGAGAUUAUCAUACUACGCUCGGAUAAUGGCGAAACCUGGCGUGAGCAUGCCAUUGAUAACUCCGAGGAGAUUAUACAUGAUGUAAUGCAGCAAUGCUUUGAGCCGGAGGAAAUCGCACAGUUGGAGGAGCAGGCUGGCAAUCAUGUUUGCCGCUUUGUUACCUACGAUUUUCCGCAGUACUUUGCUGUCGUAUCACGCAUACGCCAGGAGGUGCACGCCAUUGGACCCGAGGGCGGCAUGGUGUCCAGCACUGUGGUGCCGCAGGUGCAGGCCGUCUUUCCACAGGGCGCGCUCACCAAGAAGAUCAAAGUCGGCUUACAGGCGCAACCUGUUGACCCCGAUCUAACGGCCAAGCUGCUGGGUCGCGGUGUGGCUGUCUCACCAAUUGUCACAGUCGAGCCGCGUCGUCGUAAAUUUCACAAGGCUAUAACACUUAGCAUGCCCGCACCCAAGGCACACAGCCAGGGCAUGAUCAAUCAGUAUUCCGGCAAUACGCCCACGUUGCGACUGCUCUGCUCUAUAACAGGUGUGUUUCGGAAAAGGUCUCUAAAAGGCGGCCCGUCCCGUGCACAGUGGGAGGAUGUUACCGGCUCCACGCCGCUGACCUUUGUCAACGACUGCGUUUCCUUUACCACAACAGUAUCGGCACGCUUCUGGCUUAUGGACUGCCGUAAUAUAUCCGAUGCAACCAAAAUGGCCACAGAGCUGUACAAGGAAGUCAUACACGUGCCCUUCAUAGCCAAGUUUGUGGUGUUUGCCAAGAAGAUUGAGCCCUUCGAGGCGCGUUUAAGAGUCUUCUGCAUGACCGAUGAUCGUGAAGAUAAAACGCUAGAGAAACAUGAGCUCUACACAGAGGUGGCCAAGAGUCGUGACGUUGAAGUGCUCGAGGGCAAGCCGCAGUAUAUUGAAAUGGCUGGCAAUCUGGUGCCGGUGACCAAAUCUGGCGAUCAGCUGCAGCUGCAGUUCAAAGCCUUCCGCGAGAAUCGUUUGCCCUUCACAGUGCGCGUUAAGGAUCAGCAUGCGGAUAUUGUGGGUCGCACCUUGUUUAUGAAGGAGCCCAAGGUGGCCAAGGGCGAGCAGCCGCAGCAGCCCAUUUGCAUUUUGAACAUUGUGCUGCCCGAGGCGGUUAUACCCGACUCGACCACUGCCUUUUCGGAUCGUGUGUCUGCUACUUAUCGCAGCUCCAUGUUUAGCCUGAGCAAGCAUCAGAACGAUCACUAUAUAGGCGAUAUACGCAUUGUAGAUCUGUCCAAUCUGCUAGGCAAGGACUGGAUACAGUUGGCGCCCGAGAUAGGCAUCAAUGCGGAGGAAAUCGAUGAGAUCAUCAAUCAGAAUACCGACAGUAUUGCGCGACAGGCGCAGAGCAUGAUACGCUUAUACAAGGAUAAGCCCAACUAUGAUAUCCUGGCGCUAGAGGCAGCACUCAAGCUCAUCAAACGUGAGGAUAUUAUGAAGAAAUGCAAGAGCGGACGUUUAACGCAUUCGCGUGAGUUCGAUGAAGCGGAUAUUAUGAAAAACUCCGAGUCUGUGGAGGAGCUGGUUCGCAGAGAAAGCAAGCGAAUACAGCAAAUCAACGAACGCGAAGAGGUUAAAUACUCUGCUGAGGAGAAGGAAGUGGAGGAGAGCGAGUCCGAUGAGGAGCAAGCCAAACGCACUGUAGCCGAGCGUCGCGAGAAGAUCGUCAAGCGUCUAUCCGUAGAACGCUCCAUACCUGCCUCUACACAAAAGAAAGAAAUUACACGUGAAAUUACCGAAAUCAAGCGCAAGAGCUUGAUUGAAGACAAGAAAGCGCAUCAUGAAUCGGAGAUUCUAAUGCAGCUGCCUGCCGAUAAUGUUAUAAUCAAAACCGCAACUGUGCCCGAGCAAGUUAUCAAAAUGAAAAUGGGCAAAAUGGAUUCAACGGAAAUAAGCAAAAGCGACUUUGAUAAGGAGCUAACGCACAAGCUCAAAACCUCUGGACGUAGCUCAGAGGAAGAGGAGCAAGAUCAGCCCGAUAAGGUGGACAAAAUAAUCAAAGACAUAAGCAGCGCUGAGAAGACAGAGAAAAAGGAUAUUGCUGGCACCAGUCGACAGACAACGAUAACACGUCAGGAGGCCAAGGAUAUGACUGAGGACUUUUUGGAAUUCGAAAAGCGCAGCCAGCUGCCAUCAAGCCAAGAGAAAAAGAGUCCAACUAUGCCACAGGAGUCCAUCAAGCAAGUGGAGCAGGUCAUCAGCGAGGUCACUGAGACAGCCAGCAAGAAGGUCGAGAGCAUUAUUAGCAACUUUGAGCAGGGCAAAGAGCAGCUGCAGCAAAAGAGCAGCGAAAUUACUACGGAAACAACGAAAAUCAGCGAGACUAUAAAAAGCUUGCAGCAGGCACAGUCCACUUCAUCAGAGUCUAGCAAGUCUACAGAUAUUUCAGAGAGCAGCAAGAUUGAAGAGAAAAUCGCAGACUUUGAGGCCAAAAAAGUGCGCUACGAUUUUCAUGGCGGCGAGCCCAAAACUACACAAAUACCCAAAUUGGUUAAAAAGUCCAGCGAGGAGCCGCUCAAGCCCACAGCAGCGCCACGUGCUGCUCCUGAAGCUGAGCUUGAAGUCAAGCAGGAGAAGCCAUUGUCCAAAAUACCAGUGGCCAGCAAAUUGCCAGAGGUUGAGGCACGCAAAGUGACGCAAGACUUUUUGCAAAUGGAGCAACAGGCGCAGUUGCCAGCAGUUGAGCUGAAGCCAGCGCCAGCUGCUAGCAAAAUACCCAAAGUAGAGCCCAGAAAGUCCAUAGAGAAGCCAGCAACAGUGCUAGACGAUGUGGUAGCCGCCACUGCUAGCAUAAUGACCUCAGGCAUGGCUAGUGAGCAGCCCAAGCCGCAGGCAGAGAUUGCUGCCAAGGCAGAGACUGUUAAUGAGAAGCUUACUGAACUCAUUGAUACAUUCCACAAGGUUGAGGAGCAGGUGCACAAGACAGAGAAACCUGCGGAAAUAGCAAGCAAAUUGGCACCUUUGGCUGCAGAGCCGCCCAAGACGGAUAAAGUGGCUGAGAAGGUUAGUGAGCUAGUCGAGACAUUCCAUAAGAUUGAAGAGCAUAUUAGCUUGGAUGCGCGCAAGCAUACGCAUGACUUUCUAAGCAUGGAGCAGCAAAGUCAGCUGCCCAGUCUGCUCAGUCAGCCCAGUCAGGAUGCCAGUCUUACCUCCACCACCUCCACAGAGCAGGAGUCAUUGGUAUCCGUAAAGGCAGCACCAGCUGCUAGCAAAAUACCAGUCAAGUCCACUGUAGAAGAUAAAACCGAAAAGACAGACAAGACAACUACACCAAAGGUGACAACCACUGAACGUCAGCUUACCGCAGAUUUUCUGCAAAUGGAGCAACAAACUCAGCUGGCAGCACAGCCAGCUGCCAGUGCUAUUAGUGAACUCAUUACAGCUACAGCUUUAGUGCCAGAAAUAGUGCAGACCAAGCCCACAGCAGAGUUGGUAGCUGCCGAUGGCAUCGAGUCCGCUGCACCCAUUGGCGAAGUAUCGCCAUUUGCCACACGCAAGCUGACUGCAGAUUUUCUUGCCAUGGAGCAGCAAACACAAGAGGAUACAACACUGUGUCCACCACCAAAGCCCAUGGAACCACGCAAAUCGCUAACAGAUGCUGAAUUCUGUCAAUAUGUGGGUGAGAGCAUCACCAAAAAGAUGAGCGAGGGUUUGAUUGAAAUGACUGAUGAGCUCAAACAAUUAGCGAGUGACAUACCACAAGCCCAGACUCCACCGCCCACACCAAGCGAUGCCAAAGCAGAAAAGCAAAGCGAGCCUGACUAUAUGGCCGAUACUAUUAAAACACUGCACAGCACUACAGAGUCAACAUUUGAGCGUGUUGCUGCCAUUUCUACAGUUGCUGCACUAGAAAAGUCGAGCCUAGAGCAAUCGUUCAUAUUGCCUACUGAGCAGUUAAGUCAAGAAAUCGGUGAUGUUAAAGUUGGUGAAGUUCAUUUUGCUGUGCAUGAUAUUGAUGAUGAUAAUGAUGAUGAUCUUGAGCUGGCAACGCGUAUACGCGAGGAAGCCAAAAUUCUAGUCGAUAAUGUGCUUGAAGAGAGCGUUGAGUUUAUUGAGACUCAUGGCCCGGGGCAGGCCAAUGGUCAUCAUGAUUUAGUCAAGCAUGAAUAUAAUUCAGAGAGUGAGAAUUAUGCCAUAACAUGCGAUGAUAUUGUUGGCGUUGAUGUUAUCAAGUCGCCCACUAUUGAGUCCAUGUCGGGCAAAUCAUUCGAUGAUAAUAUGAGUUUUACCGAUGAGCACAUUAAUUUACCCUUGCAUGCAACUACAGUGAGCACACAAUAUCAGCAACAACAACAACCACAACAACAGCAACAGCAGCAGCAACAACAACAACAAAAAGAAGCAACAAAAGUUAGACGCAUAGCGCACAAAAUUGAUAAACUAGCCACAGAUCUAGAGGAUGUAAGCGCGAGUUUUGAUGCUGCCUACGAGGCGAAUGUGCCAGAGGAUGAGCUCAGUGCGCUGCAAGCAGAUUACUCAAAGCUCAGUUGGGACGACAGUGUGUCGCCCACGACAAAUACAAUGGGCGAUCAACAGCAAAUAACGCCCGAUAAUGAUUUACAAGACUUGUUGACAGCAACAGACGGCGAUUUACUACCAGUUACAACUGAAACCACACCCGUACCACCAGCAACUAUAACGACGGAUAGUCAAGACACACCCACACCAAAACCACGCGUACUCAAAGCCAGCUCCCCCGUCAGCACUACCUCCGCACCAACUCCCAUUGGAGCACCAACCGAUCUACCAUUGGACUCAGCCCUUGAUGCGCCCGUGCCCAAGCCGCGUGUGCCCAUCAAGCAUACCGAGCAAUUUGAAAACUUAGCCGCCCUGGGCGAGCAAUCAGAUAGCAUUAGUCUGCGUAGCCUAGACUUUACCGAGGAGCUCUCCAAAACCGAUGAGCCCUCCACCGAGCUGUCCAUGUCCACGCAGCUGCGUGGCAUAGUUACGACUACAACCACCACAACUGCCUCGGAUCAAACCGAAAGCUUUGAGCCCACAAGCGAAAUAUCUGUAGACGAUGCUGAUACAGAAAAGUCCGAGGCGGAUGGCAAGACCACUAGCUUCUAUAUAGGUGAAUCCAGUCGCAAUGUUAUAACCAAAACCAGCACCAAAUCACCGCUGGAUGAGCAGGCUCCCAUGGAUAUGGGCAUAGAAGCCAAGGAUAUUGGCCUAAUGAAAGAAGCCUCUGUUGACUCAGAUGAAGCCAACGAUGCUUUCAAGGAGUACAUUACAAUGAAACCAGAUGAUGCGCCCGCUAUGGAUAGCAAAAUAGCUAGACAAGGCUCUGAGACACGCAAUGAUUUGCUGGAGUUCGAGCAGUUGGAUAAAGAAAAGUCUAGCGAAGCUAAGCUAAGCAAAGUAACCACAGAGGAGAGUUUGACAACCUCAACAGGCUCGAGUGGACGCGCUUUGAUAGAAGUGCAGCCCUCAGGCAGCGAAGAUCCAGACGAGUCUAGCAAGGAAAUACCAGAAAUAGUGAAUACUGUUGUAGAGAAAACAGUGGAUAAAUUUGAGCUGCCGCUAGAAAAGAGCGAAUGGGAGUUCUCCGAAAAGGCAGCGGGUAAGCCCAAGGUGGUGCAUUCACCACAGCAGCAGCCACAGGCAGAGGCAAAAACAUUUGAGGAGCAAGAGCAGCCAAAAGCUGUAAAGGUGGAGUUUGAGCUCAGCAGUGAGCCACAAGUUUACAGCGCUGGCGAGGAUCUGUCCUCCUUUAUAGGCAUACCAGAGAUGCAAGUUUCAAGCAUCGAUAGCACACAACCACCCGAAGGACUCUUUGAGACAAGCGUUAAGGAAUCUUUGAAUAGACAAGCAGCCAUGGCUUAUUAUGCGCCAGAGCAGCCAAGCUCAUUAGGAUUUGUAUCCACAGGCACAGCUGAGGACUUUAGCUCCAUGGAGGAGCAUUCGACUAAGGAGGAACACGCUUCAUUGGGUUUUGUUUCGACUGAAACAGCAGAGGACUUUAGUUCUAUGGAGGAUUACUAUACGGAGCGUUUAGCUAGCGACACUGUUGUGGCAUCUGUCUCUGAUAAAUCUCUGGAGCAGCAGCCCAUUGACUUGGUAGUGCAACGCGUCAAGUCCGCUGCUACGCCAGACUCUACAAAUCGUUGGUCCAUACCCGAUGUGGAUAACUCUAGCUCCAGCGAUAGUUUGGCCAAGACGCAAAGUCGUCCGCUCUCCUCUGAUAUAGAAAAUCUGCUAACAGGCACAGGCACAUCGAGCGAAUAUCAAACAGCACGCGAGUUCACCUCAACUACUUCCUAUCGCGAUGGUACGGAGUACAUAAGUGCAGUAAGCACCUUGAACAGCAGCAGUGGCAAGUCCAUAAGCUCGCAUGAGAGCAUGCGCAGCUUGGACUCACAGUCGGAAAUGUCGGCUAAUAUACUAAGCUUUGAUGUAUCGGAAUUGUCUGAAACUUUGGUAGCUUCUUCAACAGAAGCGGACGCCUUGGAGGCCGAAGAGCUGGCCAGACUUAAAGAGCUGCGCGCUGACGAUGAUGAUAGCGAUGAAAGUUUGGAGCUGAUUGCUCAAGCUGCAGAGCAGCAAAGUCUUAUGAAGCGUUCGCAGGAAAUGAUAUUCAAGCCCAAGGCAGAAAUGGAAAUGGAAACUGUGCAAAUUGAAGCGUAUCCAAAGCCCAAGGAAGCGGAACGCACUUGGGGUCUAGCGUAUCCUUUGGCCGAAGAGGAACCUAAAGUAGACAGUCCACGUGAUGUUGAGGAUAUAUUGCUCUACCAUGGCGAUGCUAGAAAGUCCAUUGAUGACAGCAAGCUGGCUUCCAGCUUGGAUGAGGGCAGCAUUUUGUCCGUCAGCAUGUCCAGCACUUCAAACAUCGAUACAGUAGUGGAGAAUUUGGAUGAUUUAGUAGGUUCCGUGGGCUCAGCUUCGUUGACAGGCAUUGAAGGUUUCCAAUAUGCACAUGAGGAGCUGGCGCCAGCAGCAGAUGAAACUACAUUUGUCAUGGAGCUGGAGAGCAAAGAGCAUUCGCCAUCAGACUCUAAUGCCAGCACGCCACCUGGCGGUGAGUCCAAGCGACGCGGUCAUAAGCGCAACGAGAGCACCACCAUAGCAGCUGAGGAAUUGAAACAGCUGGAUAAGGAAUUGGCACCGCUGGGUGGUGAGGGUAAGGAGUCGGAAAGUGAGUCCGAUACAGAUCCUUAUGAGUCGGAGUACGCGCGUCAGUUUCGUUCACCCAAGGAGCGCAAGCAUAAGAAGCGUAAGCAAGCGGCAGCGGAAAUGGAUCACAGCGCUGAACUAGAGAAGCGUCCAUUUACGCCCUCGCAGCUGGUGGCCGAGAUUAUAGUAGAAGACAGCGCUACCGAGGAGCUGGAAGCCGAAGCGGCUAUGAUAGAAGAGCGACGACCUUCGCAGAAUAUGCUGGACUAUUCCAACAUACCAGAUAUAAUGGUUACAGAGCAUGUCAAGUCACCCAUCGAAGAGGAGCAGAGCGAUGAUUUUCCGGAGAAAACUUUGUAUAAAGUGCGCACCGAGGAGCAGCUGAACAAGGCGAGCGCAGAGGAGAAGGAAUUGGAUUUUCAGCGACGCGUGCAGGAGCAGUAUAAGCAAAAGCUAGAGGAGCUCAAGCGCGCUGAAGUGGGCGCUGACUAUGAUGACAGCAGAGCUGCAGACUCACCGGACUCAUUCGAAAUGGUGGAGCAGCCGGAUAUAAGCGAUGAAUUCGUCAUCAUCGAAGAGGUGGCCAAGGAGGCAGGCGAAGUGGACUUGGGUGGCAAAAGCAUCAAAAUCAAACCAACCAAAUACGAACAAAAACAUGACGCAGAUGUGGAAAAGAUUAUAAUCAAGAGCGCACCUGCAGAUCCCAAACUGGGCUCACAGCUCUACAAAGAUGAUUUGAACUUUGAGUUUGAGGAGAGUCCACCCACUGGCGCCAGCAGCAGCAGCGAGCCGCAGGAGGAGAGCGACAAUAGCGAAACUGCAGCAGCGAACAAGCGUUGGGUGGAAAUGCAAUUGACGGAUACACAGCUGCGUUAUCCUUAUGAUUUAACAGGCGCAGUGCUGGAGGAUAUCAAAGAGGAGGACGGUGAAUUUGAAGUGGGCAGCAGUCGCAUAAGCAGCUUCAAGGAUUCGUUUUCAAGCACGCCGGAGUAUGAUAUGGCAGCUCGUCGUUAUCAUGCGCGUGGUGAGCAUGACGAUGUGUCCAUGAGCAGCUUGCAGGAAUUCGAGUCACUGGAGCAGGCCAUAUCGCUGGAGAAUCGCACGCGUGCAGCUGCUGGUCAUCAAGGCUCAACAGAUUCAAGCAAUGGCAGCUUUACUCGACGCUAUAUGGUCAGACAUAGCGCGAGCGGCACAGCGCCAGGCGAUGAUGUAUCCAUCAGCAGCCUAAAGGACUUUGAGGGCUUGGAGAAUGCUUGCAUUGAAGCGCAUUUAAUUGAAAUCAAAGCCAAGGAGGAGGCAGCGCUGCUGUCGCGCUCCGAUGAGUCGAACAAAUCAAAUGGCAGCGAUAAUGGAGCCGCUGGCAAUGUGGUAAUGACCAAGGUUACACGCACAGUUACCCGCACUGAGGUGUUGCCUGGUGGACAACAAGCGCAGGAUUUGGAACUAUUGCUCAAGCAACAGCUGGAGGAUAAGGCAACGGUUAAGCUGGUGGACUUGACCAGCACAGAGCUGGAUACGAAAUCAAAGAUUGACAGUCAAGAUUCGGAAAAGGACAGCAUUGAUAGCAUGGAAAUACGCAGCAGUCAUGACAUGAUGACCAGCAGCAUGGAGAGCUUUGAUAUAUCCAAAGAUGCAACCACACGCUCUGACAUUGACUCGUUGGAGAUUGACAAGCGUCAUUCGCGUCAGGAGAGCAUCGAAUCGUUUGCGGAUGAGCAGCUGGACCUGAUGUCCAAGCUGGUUAGCGGUGGUGCGGGUGGUGUAACGCUAGGCGAUGGUUUGACUACGACAACAACAACAACGACCACCAGCACCGAUGCGGAUGGUCAGGAGCAUACAGUAACGCGUGUUAUAACCACAACAACGGUGACAGGUGGCGGCAGUGGCAUAAUGGAGCUGCCGCUGGACGCCAGCAGCAUGUCUAAGGAUGUCUCAGUGGAUUCACUCUGCAUAGAACAAACAACCAGCUCGGCAGGCACAACGGCUACGUAUCAAACCAGCGCUGGCAACUCACAAAUGUCUGGCAGCAUUACCAGCUGUGCCUCAAGCACGCUCAUGGAGGAUUCGUAUCCUGGCAUGCCGACUAGCAUGUCAAGCUCACAAAUGUCGGCCAGUUUUUGGUCGCACGAUGAGUCCACCGUAGUUGAAGAUGAAACAAACAAGACGCAGCAGCAACAACAACAACCACCACACAAAUCUUAAACAACAACAAAAAGAAAGUGCGCUAAAUUAAUAAUGGCUAG